CCAACUCCUGAGUUUUACUCAAAGUUUGAUAUGAAUCGGUGGGGAGGGGGGCACUGCUUUUACAGCAAGGAUUCUCCCUGUGCACUUCAUCCAGACAUUACGGUAGGAGUUCCUUCAGGUGGCUGAUGGGCGGAGUGUUUGGAGGGCCCACAGAUACAGCAGAACUAGAAUUUCUUCAUAAGACAGCUGACAGACACAGGUAUGUAUGUGAGGCGAGGAGGAACACAGUAAGGAUGUCUAUUGACCUGUACAGCCCCAGCAUGGGUGACAGUGGGGCCUCCAUGUGCCAGAUGAAGCAGCUGCCCUGCCACGGCGCCCCGCUGCUUCGCCUGCAGGCCGGUGGGCAUCACACACUCAACCACUCAAACCUCCCUCACAAGCAGUGCUUGAGCGAUCCAUCCUUGGUUGCUUCCUCUGGGGGUGCGCCAGCCCUCCGCCACAGGGUCAGCGGGGCCACGGCUGGCACCUGCAACAGCCCCAACUGUGCUGCUUCAAGACUGGGACUGGAGGUGGGAAGAGCAGCCUGGGACAGCUGCAAAGGGAAGGUGUUGGUGACAGGAGGAGGGGGAUAUUUUGGCUUCAGGCUGGGGAAAGAGCUGGCCAGUGAGGGGAUGACUGUGAUCCUUCUGGAUGUCAACAAGCCUCUCUGGGAUAUUCCUGAUGGAGCAGUCUUCCUUCAGAGCGACAUUCGGGACUAUUCCUCCCUGUACAAAGUGUGUGAAGGAGUGGACUGCAUAUUUCACACAGCAUCUUAUGGCAUGUCUGGACCAGAGCAGCUGAGGAAGGAGCAGGUGGAAUCAGUCAACGUUGGAGGAACCACUAAUGUCAUAAAUGUGUGUAAAGAGAGAGGAAUCCCCAGACUGGUCUACACCAGCACCAUCAACGUGGUGUUUGCUGGGAAACCAAUUGUGGAUGGAGAUGAGGCUUCAGUGCCAUAUGUGCCCAGUGAUUUGCACAUCGACCACUACUCCAGAACUAAAGCGGUGGCAGAGCAGAUGGUCCUCUCGGCCAAUGGGUCCUCAGUGAAAGGUGGAGGGAAACUGGAGACGUGCGUCCUGCGGCCGUGUGGCAUCUAUGGACCUGGAGAAAGGAGACAUCUUCACAGAGUGAUGAUGAACGUAGAACGGCGCCUGUUCAGCUUCAGGUUUGGAGACCCAGCGGCCAGGAUGAACUGGGUCCACAUAGAUAAUCUGGUCCUGGCCCACAAACUUGCAGCUGAGGCUCUCACAAAGACGAAAGGCUGCGUCGCUAGCGGGCAGGCGUAUUUCAUUAAUGAUGGCCUUUCAGUCAAUCUGUUUGAGUGGCUGACACCUUUGUUUGAAAAACUGGGCUACAGCAGACCAUCGAUAACCGUCCCAGUUUCUCUUGUCUAUUCAGCAGCUAUUCUGGUGGAGUUUUUACAUGUGAUUCUGAGUCCGGUGAUCGAAGUGCCUCUGCUUUUUACCAGGAGUGAGGUCCGAAACAUCACAGUGAGCCACACCUUCAAAAUCGACAAGGCCCGUCAAGAACUGGGUUACUGCCCACAGCCGUACAGCCUGGCGGACUCCGUGGAGCAUUACCUCAAGAUCCGACAAAGUCGUGACACCCCAAUUUCUUUAUCCCUGCCCUCUGUCAGGCAGCUGGCUGAAAGAGGCGUCCUGCUGCUGCUGAUGGGACUCGGCCUGGUGCUGCUCAUGAUCUAUGGCAUCCUCAGUUAGAGUUAAAUAGUUGCUGCAAUGGAGAGGCUUUCACACCUAAUUGUUGCAACAACUUUGAACUCUUUUCUCACUUGCGCAGAGUUCAACUCAUCAAGAGUCCUUUUUUCUUUUUCUCCUCUUCAAAUAAUUUGUUGAAUGUAGACAAAUUAGACAAAUUUCCUUUUCUUUUAAAAUUAUGUAAGCUUGAAAGUAUUAAAGGAGAUUUAUAUUUA